AUAAAAACUCUCCAAGCAUGGCAUUUAUUUGUGAUAUAUAGAGCAUAAACUGUAUAUUCAGUAUUAAACGUAAAGCAGUUAUAAAGCGUACAAUACGCGUGGUAAUAUUUCAAAAAAUGGAUUCUAAACGCGGAAAUGAUCACGAUUACAGCACGAUUACAACAGUAUUAAUAUUUUUGCUUACAUUUCUGUUAGUUUACAUAAAUACUAGACGUCAGAAGAGAGUGCCGCCGGGACCAGCAUUGUUUCCGAUCAUCGGCAAUCUUCCGUCAUUAGUUUCAUCAGAUACAUUAGGCAGGUUGAACGAAUUAAGAAAACAGUAUGGGGACGUAUUUGGACUGUACGCUGGUCGUCAACUUUUGGUGUUUCUGAAUGGAUACGAUACCAUUCAUGACGCGCUGAUAAAGAAAGGCUCCCAGUUUAUGGGAAGAGCUGAACCUGCACUUCAUAAGGAGGCUGAUAUCCAUACAAAGGGACUUUUGUUUCCUAGGGGAACAAGGUGGAAAGAAGGGAGAAGUUUCGCGUUAGCAGUCUUGCAAGAAAUAUGUUACCGUGACAAAGGUUUUAUUGAAAAUUUAGUAAACGCCGAGAUCAUAACGCUGAAAGAAACGAUACUAAAAUUUGAACACCCCUUUGACAUUGAGAGAUACUUAAAUUCAAGUGUUUCAAAUGUAGUCUUUCAAGUCGUCUAUGGACACAGAUUUGAUAUAAAUGACGAAGACUUGCAAUGGUUUCAAAAGAAUAUUCGGGAUUUUGCAGAUCAAUAUAUGAAAACGGAGGUGAUUGUCAACUGUCUUCCGUUCUUGCAGCAUUUUCCUGGUGACAUACUGGGUAUUCAGAAAACUACAUACAAGUUUUCAAAGGUAACGGAAUUUCAAUCAAAAUUCAUAGAAAAUUUGAAAAGAAAAACUAGCCUUGGUAGUUGUACUUACGUCGAGAGUUACUUGGAUCGUGUUGCUGCCAACAAAAGUAAUGGAGUAGAGAGCAAUUUAGACGAAGACGAUAUGAAAAUAGCAGCAUAUCAUCUUAUUGUAGCCGGAAGUGAAACUACUGCGGCCACGGUUAGAUGGAUAUUGCUCCAUUUGAUCAGAAAUCCACAUAUACAGGAUAAAAUGUAUGCGGAGAUGACAAAAGUACUCGGAAAAGAACCGCCAUCAGUUGCAGAUAGAAAACGACUUCCAUAUGUGCAAGCGGUUGUGUUAGAAGGACUCCGAAUUUCUCACGUGGCUCCGCUAGCAAUGCCUCACACUGUUCAACAAGAUACAUUAUUCCGAGGAUAUAUUAUUCCAGAGCAGUGUACCGUGAUUCCAGUCAUAAGCUCAGUUCUAAAAGACCCGUAUAUUUGGGAAGAUCCAGAAGAAUUCAAACCAGAAAGGUUUUUAAACGCUGACGGAAGUGACGUAAAAAUUCCAAAAGAGUUUAUUCCAUUUUCAUUGGGUCCAAGGUCGUGUCUUGGAGAAACAUUGGCAAGAAUAGAAAUAUUUCUAUUUACUGCUGGACUCGUUCAGAAGUUGAGAUUUCUGCCGGAAAAGGAAGAUUUGCUUCCAGACAAGGGUGGGGAGCUUAAAACAAUUUGGAAUGCCAAAGCGUUUAAAAUGAGGAUUGAGGAACGCUAAGCUUUAAAAGUUUCGCCUUUUUCAAAGACUUACUAAGCAAAUACUGGGAUAUUUUAAAAACGAAACUCAGAUGUAUAUGCAUUAAAAUAUAUAUAAAUUGUUCACACGAAUUUAAAACUAACAAGAAUGUAUCAGUUCAUGGAGAGGUUUAAUCAACUCUAGUUUUGACAUUUUCUUCUAAAUUCUAUUUGUCAUUCUAUGUAUUCUAACAAAAUUUCAAUGUAAAAAUGUAAAUAAAAAUCAUAAUUUUAAAUGAGUAUGAACAACAAUGUUGAUAGAUCUGUUUAGAUCUAUAAGAAUGCCAAAUUCUAAUGAAUUUAACAAUGGUAAAACUGUUACAUUUAAAUUGAUAUACAUUUGUAAAUAAUGUUGAUAUAAUAAAUAUUUUGCUACAGUGAAAUAAACAUACAGAAUAUUAAUUUAGUAAGUAUAUAUAGUGCGGGAUUAUGCAAGAGUAAAACUCAAUCACUGAU